CUCAUUUCCACAAAAGAAACGUGCUCCCCAAGUUCGUUCAACUUUUUUAUCUUUAUAAAGUUGAGUUCUUCACUUCUUUCUGCUCAUCAUAACGCAAAUUCUCCAUCUAGCUAGCACUUUUACCCCAUCAACUAUCAAAAUCUUUUCAAGGAUUCGACUACCCAGUUCCUUUGAGAGGAAGAAAGAGCUCUUGUUUCCAAGCUGGUUGAGGCAGCAGCAUCAUGGAUCGUGGGAAUUCUGCAGAAGAUAAAGGAAGCAUUCAUCUACAGAUAGCUGAGCUUCAAAAGCUCGGUGAAACGUCCUCGAGUUCGGGUACCACAAUUUUUGAACCACAGAGUAGUAUCGAGAAGAGAGACAGCAGCAAUGUAGAUUCUGUUCCUCCAACAUUACCAGCAGUUCGUGCACCUGAAAAGAAGCUUACUCUCUUUGCCCUACGGCUUGCAGUUCUUGAGAAAGCAGCUACAGGCCUUGGAACUCUUGGGUUCAUCUGGGCAACGGUUGUUCUUCUGGGUGGCUUUGCCAUCACUUUGGAUAAAACCGACUUUUGGUUUAUUACCAUCAUCCUGGUGAUUGAGGGCACUCGUAUAUUCAGCAGGAGCCAUGAGCUUGAAUGGCAAAACCAAGCCACAUGGUCAAUCACAGACGCCGGAAUCAACAGUUUCCGGGCACUGAGAUCCAGCUCACACCUCCUGAUCGGAAAUGUAAAAGCAAUUUUCCAGCCCAUGUAUUUAGUGCGGAAGCAAAGUAAACACGCGCGAGAAUCAACAGGAAUAGAUGAUGCAGCAAGUCCUGGACUCGGUACUGAUCAUCGCCAAAGAAUGCCAACUAGAACAUGGAAAAGUUCAGAUGUUCCUCUUCUACCGUUUUCUCAAUGGGUUUUCCUCGCCAGAAAUGUCAGCAAGUUUCUCUAUUGGCUCCAACUUCUAUCUGCAACAGCGUGUGUGGUCCUCUCAUUGAUAAAACUCGUCAAGCAUAACUAUGGAGAGGUACAAAAAGGAGACACUGACAAGAAGAACCGGCAAUCAGCUCUCAAUAUUUUCUAUUCCUUGGCAUUAGCAGAAGCACUGUUGUUUCUAAUGGAGAGAGCUUACUGGGAAUGGAAGGUCAGCUACUGUAGACUGUUGGAUGAAGUAAUUAAAGAAUGCGAGUUGGGACCUACAGGUAUGGUUUCAAUUAGGAGGUUCUUCUAUGAUGCCUAUUCAAGAUGUGUAAACGGAAGCAUUUUUGAUGGAUUGAAAAUGGACAUGGUUACUUUUGCUAUGGAUCUCUUGGCUUCGAACUCCCCUGAUGAGCAGCUCAUUGGAGUUAGAGUACUUCAACAAUUUGCAUUAAACGAGCGGUUUUCUAAUGACACCCUCCAAAAAAUAGGGAUAAAUAUAUCUUUGAUAGAGAGAAUAGUAGAGAUGUUGAAUUGGUCAGAUCCACAAGAUGAAGAGAUCAGGCGAUCGGCAGCAGAAAUAUUGUCAAAACUAGCAGGCAAAAAGCAAAACUCCCUUCGGAUUGCUGGCAUACCUGGUGCUAUGGAAUCAAUAUCAUCUUUGCUCCAAACCAAUAGAAGCAGCAGUGGUGCAGCCGAUGAAAUCAGUGAAAAAAAUAUCAUCCUAGACAAUGCAAAUUACGGAUUCUGGACAUUUAAUCAUUUGGGACUUUGUAUUCUGAAGAAACUUGCAUGUGACCAUGAUAACUGUGGGAAAAUUGGAAAUACAAGAGGCCUCCUACCUAAAAUCAUAGAUUUUACACAUGCUGAAGAGAGACUGUUGAAGGAUAAAAAUGUUGUGGCAACUCAGAUUCGGACAGUGAAACGGUCCUUGCAAGUGGUGAAGAUGCUGGUAAACACAACUGGUGCCACAGGAAAACAUCUUCGAAGAGAAAUUUCGGAGAUAGUUUUCACCAUCAGCUACAUUAGAGAUAUUCUAAAGUAUGGAGAGAGAUACCCCAAACUGCAAAAACUUGGCAUAGAUAUCUUAACCAGUCUUGCGCUGGAAGAGGAUGCAACAGAGAGGAUUGGGGGCACAGGUGGAGUUUUGAAGGAGUUGUUAAACAUUUUUUUCAAACCGGGAAUGCCAGAGAAUCGGAAUCAUGUAAAAAUUGCCGCUGGAGAAGCACUAGCAAUGCUGUCUUUAGAAAGCAAAAGUAACUGCUAUCGUAUUUUGAAGAUGCAUGCUCUGGUAAGACUUGUUGGAGCACUGGAAGUCCCUUUACUUCGUAUAAAUGCAGCAAGGGUUCUAAGAAAUUUGUGCUCGUACAGUGGUGUAGAUUGCUUCAACCACUUAAAGGGGGUAACAGCCGCAGCACCUACAGUGCUUCGGGCAAUCAUGUUAGAAGAGAAUAAAUUACAGGAAGUCAUGCUAGGACUAGCAGCACAUGCUUUUAAAUUCCUGACUUCUCAGGAGUCGAGCAUCAUGUUUGAGAGAGAAGUAACUGAGGCUGAAUUGGCUGAUAAAUUAGUCCACAUUCUGAAGCAGCACCAAUAUCCACCAAUUAAAAUUCCAAGAAUAAGGAGGUUUACCAUAGAGUUGGCGAUAUGGAUGAUGAGAGAUAAGGUAACAAAUGUUCGUAUUUUCAAGAAUUUGGGGAUGGAGAAGGUGCUGGAGGCUGUCUUGGAGACCACAGCAGAGCUUGAAAGCUUUAAUAUUUUCUCCGGUACCGUUGGAAUUAAUCGGCACAGCACAACAAUUCACUCACUCGUUGAAACUGCUUUGAAGUUGUUGGAGGAGGGGUAAAAAUUCUUUGUAGUGGACAUGGAUACUCAAAUUCCCAGAUUAAUUUAUUUUGUAGAUAUGCACACAUGAAAGUUGCAGAAGGUUCUUUUUAUCUAUGUAAGAAGGGUGUGAUGUAAUUAUCUUAAAGUUAUGCCAAUUAACACAAUUCAUAAGUCUUCUACCAGCUGAAA